AUCAACACCAGAGAAAGACAUGGCGUCCAUCCCAGAUCUGAUCAAGAAGAAGAGAGACGGAGGAGCGCUGAGUGACGAGGAGAUCCGAACCUUCGUUCACGCCGUCGCCACCGACGCCAUCGAAGAGAGUCAGAUAGGGGCCAUGCUGAUGGCCAUCUGGCUGAAGGGAAUGGUCCAGGAGGAGAUCGAGACCCUGACCAGGGAGAUGAUGUCAUCGGGGGAAGUGAUGUCGUGGCCAGAGGAGUGGGCGGGGCUAAUGGUUGACAAACACUCAACGGGAGGCGUGGGAGAUAAAGUCAGUCUGGUGUUGGCGCCGGCGCUCGCUGCCUGCGGCUGUAAGGUGCCGAUGAUCAGUGGGCGGGGCUUGGCUCACACAGGAGGAACUCUGGACAAGCUGGAGUCGAUUCCAGGUUUCAACGUCCACCAAUCAGCAGCUCAGAUCCUGGUGAUCCUGCGCUCAGUGGGCUGUUGCAUUGUGGGUCAGACGGAGACGUUGGUCCCGGCAGAUCGAGUCCUGUACGCUCGGCGGGACACGACCAGCACCGUAGACAGCCUCCCACUCAUUGCUGGCUCCAUCAUCUCAAAGAAAGGGGCGGAGUCUCUGUCCGCUCUGGUUCUGGAUGUGAAGUUUGGACUCGCUGCUCUUUAUAAAGACCUGGACGGCGCUAAAGAACUCGCCCAGUUAUUAGUGAAGGUGGGCAACGCUCUGGGUGUUCGCACGGCGGCGCUCCUCAGCAGGAUGGACGCUCCGAUUGGUCGAUACGUGGGCAACAGUCUGGAGGUGAUCGAGUCUCUGGAGACGCUGAAGGGGAGAGGACCCGACGACCUCAUGGAGCUGGUCACAACUCUGGGCGGCCUCUUGCUGGAGAUGACUGGCUUGGCGUCCGACCUAUCAGAGGGAAGAAGGCAGAUUUCUGACGCUGUGAUUGGUGGAGCGGCUCUGUCCAAGUUCCAGGCCAUGAUGCAGGCUCAGGGCGUGGCCAAUGAGACGGCUCGGUCGCUAUGCUCCGCCCACACAGACUACUACGGUGUCCUUAGAAGGUCUGAGCACCAGAUGGAACUGAAGACGCCUGCAGAUGGUGUCGUCGUGGAUGUCGCUGGUUUGACGUUGGCCGAAGUUCUUCAUAAAUUGGGGGCGGGACGAUCGAGCGUCGGAGGACCUGUCAAUCACAGCGUAGGGGCGGAGCUACUGGUGUCGCUCGGUCAGAGGGUCAAGAAAGGUGAAUCCUGGCUGCGGCUCCACUACGAGGUUCCGGUUCCGAGUCCAGACCAGAUCAAUCGACUGCAGAGCGGUCUGACUCUGGGGUCACGUGACCACGACACGCCAACACGGACUUUAGUGGAAGAGCUCCUGUUUCAGUGACCUUCUUUAUACCAUAACUUUAUGUUCUGCUGCUAGUUUACUCUAUAAUAACACAUUAAUUAUUUGUUUGUUAUAUCUUAUAUUAAUCACCUGAA